CUGUCCCCAACACCCAACAUCAAAAACCCACCCACUCCUCUCCAUUUUACUUGUCCCUCACCACUCAUUCAUUUACUCUCUCAAACUUCACUACAUCAACAAUAUCUUUCAUAAAGUUUUAAUCUUUCUCUUUCUUUCUUUCUUCAACAAGCUAUAUUUGGGUACGAAUUUCUUGUAAUUUUGUGGGAAUUGUAGUGUAGGAUGUUAAUCUUUUGAGUAAAGCUUUGAUCUUUUUUCAAGAAAUCUGGUUUGGGGAUCAUCAUACAAUUGAAUUUGAAUAAGUGGAUCAAAAUGCCGUGGACAUCUUUGGGAGUGAUGUAUUGCGGAAAGUGUUCUCGCUUGUCGGUUUUUUUCCGUUUUAUACUGUAAUUUGAUUUUACUAAGGCUUGUUUUUGUUAGUUCCGUUGGUAUUUUUUAAUCAUUGCAUAUUGGUUGGAGGACUGAGAAUGUUCAUUGGUGUUUCACAAAGGAGAAGUCAUAAAAUGAGUGUUGGGGUUAUUGCUUAUUACAAUUUGAUGCAAGUUUGUCAGGCUGAAUAUUUCCGUCAGUUGCUUAAGCCUGUUACGUAGACUUUCCAUAGCCAAAGCUUGUAGACGUUGGCAAGGUUUGCUCUUUUGGUUAUUUUUUCACAUUAGAAGACGUUAAGGAUAUUGAUCGGUUAGUUGUUGGUGGUUAUUACUAAGUUGGAACAUAAAAUCUCUCGGUACAAAAAAAUGGAAAUAACUUAAAAGCGCAUCGUUUGCUUUACUCAUCGCCCUUUAAGACUCUCCUUUUCUUUUAAGAUCACACUAAGCCCACGAACUGAAACGACAAACAACAAAGGCACAAAUUCGGACACAUUUGGUUAAAAGAAUUAAUGCAGGGUAAUCAAGAUCAAAUGGGUAAUGGGUACGUACCCGAUCACCAUAUUUCAUCGUUCUUUGGUCAAAACGUUGACUUUCAUCCAUCACGGGAUUGCCCAAGAAAUUUCAUUAUCUUCGACAGGACAGAUAAUCGUAGUCAGAUUAUGUACAACCCUGGUCUAAACAUGGGCCGGCCUUAUUUCCCUGAUACUGAACUGAUGCAAAAAGACGUAAACACCCCUCGGAUUAUGGAAGAAGAUUCAGCUGAUAUUGAUGCAUUGUUGAGCUUCGAUGACGAGAAUGAAGAUGAAGAAUAUGAAGAAGACGACGACGAGGUUAGCACGGCACGGACCGACAGAAAUGACACAUAUGAUACGUCUGAUUCUUGCUCUUCACAUCCAAGAAACCAGUGGGUCGGGUCAACAUCGUCUCACGGGUCAAGGGGUAAUUUAGGAAAACAUGAAAAAAUGAGGAAGAUGGUGAAAUCCCUUAGAGGAAUUGUGCCUGGUGGUAACCCGCAAAUGAAUACAGUUGAUGUUCUCGAUGAAGCUGUAAAAUACCUCAAGUCUCUAAAAGUCGAAGCACGUAAAAUGGGCUUCGGAAAUUUGUCGGGUUGAAAUCUGCAACCAGGUUGGUGGAGUGACGAUUGUGCUCCUGCUGUCGGAAUGUUGUUGCCUUUGUUUCGGGAGGUGCCUAGCUCUGUAGAAGGGUAAUUUUACUUGCUUUCUUAUGUGCGAAUGAUGAACCUGUGAAUUUAGUGUGGUUAUUGCUGCUUGUGACGAUUAGUUCGUUAUCGAUUUAUUGUAUCAUUAUUACGUUUGUGCUUUUCUUGA